AUGGGGGGUUGUGGUAAGUCGUCCUUGUUAAAAAAACUGCAGAAGGAAGUUGAAGACUCCACACCUUACAAGACGGCAUUUGCUACUGUGUCCAAUCCUCCAAAUUAUCUAGCUAUUCAAGACAGCGUUGUAAGCCGGAUGGGCCUGGAAUUUGGGCCGACAGAGCGAAAUGUACAAGAUAGAGCUGCAAGACUGCGUAUGGCAUUUGAUGCAAUGGAUGAUGAAAGUAAGUAUCUUAUAAUCCUGGAUGAAGUGUGGGAUGUGCUUCACUUAGAAGCCAUAGGAGUUCCUGUCGGUGAGAAAUGCAAGGUUCUUCUGGGUUCUCGGAAUAGACGUAUAUUUGACAUGAUGAAAUUUGAUAAAGAUGCAGUGAUUCCGCUGCCACUUUUAACGAACGAGGAUGCCUGGAAACUGUUUCAAAUGCAUGCUGGUAAAGUAGAAGAUUCAUUCCUACAAGUGGCUCAAGAGAUCACUCAUGAAUGUGACAGAUUACCUGUUGCAAUUAAAGCUGUGGCUAGUACUUUGAGGACUAAAGAACUUCAUGAGUGGAAAGAAGCAUUCGCGACAUUGAAAGAUCGUAGGCGGCCACUAGAUAUUGAAAAAGGACCGGAUAAUCCUUAUACAUGUCUAAAAUGUAGUAUUGAUGAGUUGGAAGGUGCAGAAGAGGUAUCACUUUAUUCAUUAUGUACUCUGUUCCCUAACAAUUCAGAGAUUGCCAUUGAAGAUCUCAUCAGAUUUGCAUUUGGGUUAGGCAUAUUUCUGGAUGUCAAGUCAUAUGAAAGAGCAAGGUCGAAAGUGCCAACAGUCAUUGAUAAAUUCAAAAGACACAGUUUGCUGCUACAUGAUGAAGGGCAGUGUGUUAAAAUGCAUUACAUGUUGCGUGCCUUAGCCUUAUGGGAAGCGAAGAACAAAGUUCAAGUGAUUAUGGGUCCCAGACAAAGUCUAGAGGAUCUAACAAAGGAAUAUUAUAUGAAAGAUACAACCAGAUUAUAUGGCCGUAAUAUAUAUGUAAUGCCAGAUCAGUUGAAUUGUCCUGAACUUGAGAUACUACUAGUGUCCAAUGAUAAUGGAUGCUCAACAGAAUUCCUAGAUGCUUGUUUCAAAGGGAUGGUAAAGCUCAAAGUGCUCGCCAUCAAAAAUACAUCCAUUGGGAUGAACCCAGUUCUACUGCUACCUGGAUCAAUUGACAGACUAAAAAUGCUUCGAACUCUUUGUUUGAGAGGAUGGACAUUAAUUGAUAUCUCUGUUCACCAAAAAUUAGAGAUGCUUCACACUGUUGAGCUAUCAUAUUGUGAAAUAAAAGGGCUUCCUGAAGAAUUAGCAAAUCUAGAGGCAUUAAGAUUAUUGGAAGUGUCACAUUGCAAAAUAGGAGGGAAUCCUUAUAAGGUGCUUACCAGAUGUUCCCAACUGGAGGAGCUGUAUUUCGUUGAAAAUCAUCUUCCAGAUAUGGUGCAGGCAGAUCAAAAUGUUGCUGAAUUUUUUCACCGAAUUGGCUCCUUUAAGGUCCUCCAAAGCAUCGUUCCUGACAUAUUCCCAACACGGGGUGAAUGUUUGGAUGAGUUAAAAGAAUUUGUACUUCGUGAUUCUGAUUGCAUAAAAUGGCUGAUUGACACCACAAAUGAUCAAUCAUAUCAAGCUAGAAUCAUCUUCUCCAAGUUGCAGGUGUUUGAAAGUGGAAGCCAUGAAAUGCUUGGAAGCCUUAUGCCAUGGUCCACCUCCUUCUGGCCUUUUGAGAAAUUACAGAAGAUGUUUAUAACAAAUUGUAGCCAAUUGGCAUCUCUCUUCACAGCUACCUGUGCUCAAAAAAUGGUGAUGUUAGAAGAGCUGGAAGUGAUAGGUUGUGGUGACCUGAGGAAUAUGGUUACAGUCGAAAAAGAUGAAGAUAUUUCAGUAGGGUCAGUGCUCCCAAAGUUGAACCAAGUCAGGGUAAAAAGUUGUGAAAAUCUUGAAUGCAUAAUGCCGAUCUCUCUUGCUAGUGGCCUUCUGCGACUGGAGAGUCUCGAAAUAGAAGAUGCUGCUAAGUUGCAAUAUGUAUUUGGCGAAGACAAUCAUGAAAAAGAUCAAAAUCAGAACCAGAUGAUCAUUGAGCUACCAAUUAUGAAGAAACUCAAGCUCAUUAACUUGCGAAACAUCAUCGGCAUUUGCCCACAAAAUUAUCGUGUGAAGUGGCAAUUGGAUGAACGGUUUGUGGAGGCAUGUCCAACGUUGAGGGAUGCAUCUUCUUUAGAUUCAGAAAUAAGACAAGAAGAUGAUGAGGAGGAGGCUAUGAAGCAG